AUGACACUCGUCUUUGCAGAGCUUGCAGAGUUGCUGUGUUAUAAAAGAUAGACCCAGAGGACACAUCUGUUAUCAAUUUAUUAUAAAACUCGCGUCCGUUCGGUUCGGGUAUCGACAAAGUCUUUCUUUCAUAUCCCGAUUUUGUUUUCUUAGGCAUAAUUCGAAAUGAAGAAUGCACGUUUUUUAUUUACCGCCGUUUUAUUAACUAUUUUUAUUAGCAAUACUUUUGCACAAAUUGGAACUAGUUGUAAUGAUGGUGAUACCAAAAAAGAUGAUGAAGGAUGUAACGAUUGCUUCUGUUCAAACGGACUUUGGGCUUGUACUUUAAAACUUUGCGGAGACACUCACAUUCAACUUAAACGAGAAGCUCCUGAAUGCUCAGCUGGAGAAACGAAACAAAUCGCGUGUAAUCAUUGCAAAUGCAUUCAGGGUCGAUGGGCUUGCUCCAGAAAAGCUUGUUUAACAAAAAGAGAAAUUAACGAAUGCGAACAAGGUGAGACGAAACAACAAGAUUGCAAUCAGUGUUUCUGCUCAAAUGGGAGAUGGAUUUGCACUUUGAGAGGUUGCUUAAAAAAGAAACGAGGUAAUUAUGUAACUCUUAGGGUAGGCACACACGGUCGAUUUUUAGUCAAAACUUGAUUUAAUCAAAAAAUU